AAACACGAUGUUGACAAUGCUACAAUAUAUUUUUUUCUUCAACGAGGUAUACAAACCAUAUUCCGUGAGCAAAAAUUGAGGCGACAUGAAUGAAAAACGAUUCGUCGUCGCUCUCUCCCAAACGUUGGUUCGAACCGGGACGAAACCCCAGUCCCCUAUGCGACCGCGGCAAAGGUUCGACCGCCGCAUCAAACACGCAAUCGCCGCCAGCUCGGUCUGCGGCCCCGCACCGGUGUUCUACCGUUUGGAUGCCAAGGUGAACGCCGGCCGCCAUGGCCUCCAUCGAGCCCCGCAAUCCUACGCCGGCAGAACACCGGUGCGGGGCCGCGGCCGCCGCUCACCAACCGGCCCGCGACUUCCUCGCCCACCGCGACGGCGUCGACAAGCUCCUCAAGAUCUUCCGCUACGCCACGCCCCUCGCACUCGCCGCUGGGGCCCCGGCGCCUCCGCCCGCCUCAAGUCUUUCGAGUCCAGCGUCGUCCUCAGCCGCAAGGGUUUCCGUCUCGGCAAGUUCGUGCAGUCCCUCCGCGCCCACCCGCACCUUCCCCCGGCGCUUGCGCUACUCGCCUACGGCAGUGAGGGCGUCUACUACUUCGUCGAGCAGUUCGUCUGGCUCGCCAAGGCCGGGAUCCUGCCUGCGCACCUGCUCGCCAAGUUAUUGUUGAAGCCUGAAGGGAUGGGCACUGGAGAGGGGUCGCCGCCGGCGAGGCGGGGCAUCAGCGGUAGGCGCCGUCGAUGGCCGGACGAGGACGACGACGAGUAUGUGCUGGAGGAGGAAGAAGAAGAGGAUUAUGUGGAGGAGCUCUCCGCCUCGAGCGCCGGCGAGGAGGGGGUGGAUUCAGACGCCGAGUACCAGGAGGCAGAGGAGGAGGACGAGAUCGAGAAGCCGCGCCCAAAGCGACCAGCGAAGGGCAUCACAUCGAGCGCCGGCGAGAGGGGAUUGGAUUCAGACGCCGAAUACCAGGAGGCAGAGGAGGACGACGAGAUCGAGCCGCCGCGCCUGAAGCGACCGGCCAAGGGCAGCACAUCGAGCGCGGGUGAGGAGGGGUUGGAUUCAGACGCCGAAUACCAGGAGGCAGAGGAGGACGAGAUGGAGACGCCGCGCCCAAAGCGACCGGCGAAGGACAGCACAUCGAGCGCCGGCGAGGAUGGGUUGGAUUCAGACGCCGAAUACCAGGAGGCAGAGGAGGAGGACGACGACGAAAUCGAGACGCCGCGCCCGAAGCGACGGGCAAAGGGCAGCAACAGAGUACGGAAAGGAAAGGUGGAUCUGGCCGCCGCACGAUCUCGACGCCGGAAGUAUGAGGAGGACGAGGACUACGAGGAGGAGGUUGACGAAGACGACGAGGUGGAGGAGGAGUACCAUGAUGACCUUGAGGAGGUCGAGGAGGAGGAAGAAGUGGCACCACAGCGGCCGAAGAGCAUUGUGAAAUGCGGUGCCCGUGGCCGGAAUGUGAAGCUGUCUCUGGCAGCGAAGCGAUCUCAUCAGCGGAAGCAGGAGGAUGAUGAGGAUAUGGAUUUUGACCCAGAGUUGGAUGACGAGGAGGUCGAGAUAGAUGAGGAUAUUGAUUUUGAUCCCGAUGUCGAUGGUGACGAGGAGGAUGAGUAUCAAGACGAGGAGGAAGAGGAACUGGUUCCUGCCCGUGCCAGAAAGGUAACUGUAAAGAAUCCGGUGAAGCGAAAGUCCAUUUCAAAGAGGCGAACACCAAAGAAGAAGAAGAAAAAUAGGGGAUCUAAGGUUUCUAGGCGGAAGGGGGCUUCAGCUAAAGUGAAGAAAUCAGCACCUGUUAGGAGGCGGAGAAAGCGUUCAGUGAUAGAUGAUUACGAGGAUGAGGAUGUGGAUGAUGACGAUGACGACGACUUCAUUGUCGACGAUGAGGUCAUUGUGAAUCGGCACCCCAAGAAGAAGGCCAGGAUAGGGAGUGGGAGGGAGACAGUGGUGGACCCUCAAGUAUCUAUUGAGGAAGAGACAUGGCCAGACCUUGAGUCAGACUCAUCGGACUUUGAGUUUGCGACGUCCGAUGAAGAACCUAACAAUGUUGAAACACCUGUAGCUGAGCAGACUACAGUCAGAAAAGGGAGGAAGAAGAGGAUAUCUGAGUCAGAGUCAUCCUCAGAUUCUGAAUUUGUUGUAUCAGGUAAGGAAUUGGAAGAAUUGAGGGAGCCUGAGCCUCCAAAGGCUGCACCAAAUCUGCAUGUGUCCUUGAGAAGGAUUUGUAUUACAAGGCAUGGAGAAGGCAAGGGAAAGGAGAAACAGGAACAGGAGGAGGCUGGGAAGCCAAUAUGCGGGAUCUGUCUCUCGGAGGAGCUGAGAGCUACUGUACAAGGUGUCCUCAAUUGUUGCUCACACUAUUUUUGCUUCGCAUGCAUCAUGGAAUGGUCUAGGGUUGAGUCGAGAUGCCCAUUGUGCAAGCAGCGGUUCACUACAAUCACCAAGUCAUCAAAGGUAGAUCUUGGUCUUGGAGUGAGAAAAGCUGUAGUCAAGGUCGAAGAGCGUGAUCAGGUUUAUCAGCCCACUGAAGAAGAAAUAAGGCGUUGGCUAGACCCAUAUGAAAAUGUUGUUUGUAUAGAGUGCAAUCAAGGUGGCGAUGAUAAUCUCAUGCUACUAUGUGACAUUUGUGAUUCCUCAGCACAUACUUAUUGUGUUGGCUUGGGUAGAGAAGUGCCCGAAGGAAACUGGUACUGUGGAGGAUGUAGACUCGGUGACGAGGGACCAUCAUAUACUGGAAUUCAGCGUACAGUAGCUUAUGAAAGACAAAAUUACAGAAGUCAUGUCGGUAGUUCUGUAAGUUUUGGCAUGGCUGUACCAGGCGGUACAUUUGAAAGGCCGUCAUCAAUCAAUCCUCGCCAUUCUUUUCAAGGGAUUGAUCUAAAUCUAUCUCCAAGAGAGUUUCCCGGAGAAUCACAUCCUGCUGAAUCACAAGUUUCAACUGAUAGCGUAUCAACUCCCACUGGAAGAGCUGGAAGAACUAUUUCAGGAAGGCGUGAAUUACAACGGUACAUUCAGAGUUUGUUCAGACCAAGUCUACCUAGUAGACCAGACACGUACCACAAUAUUGCGCAGAACAGUGGUGGUGUAUCAAGAAAUGAACCGAACCGCUGGAACUUCCCUUCUUCAUCAGAAGCAAACACAUCACAGAAUCUGCCUGAUGGCAUUCAGAACCAUCACAGUGACCUUCCAUUUGUUCAAGCUCACAGCAAUUUUGCUCCAUUUAUGUCCCCAGAUGGGGAUGAUUUCCAGCAAAUUGAGGGUGUCAAGAGCAACCUCAGGAACAUGCAGUAGAGCCCUUACGGCGUUACUAGAAGCUCGAUUCUACCCUGUGAAGCUUACCAAGGGGGCAACAUGUGCCGUUUUAAUGGCUUGUGGAACUGAACAUAACAAAAGCUUGUGCCUGUUGCAUUCUCCCAGAAAUUGAUGUGGUUCGGCUCAUUUGCGGAGAUGUGAUGUGGUCAACGAUAUAAGAUACAUGCUCUCUUUGUUUAAGUUUAGGCAUUUUUUGUUGUCGUCAUUCUUAUUCAUUCAGUCAUUAAGCACAACCUCAGAUUACACAGCGAAGGCAUUUCUGAAUGUCUUGAUAGCUUCAAAUUUAUACAUUGUAAUAUUGUGGUAACACCAAUUUCAUUAGGCUGACCAUUCUUUUCCUCGCGAGAUGCUCUUUUGCCUACUAGGAAUGCUGAUAACUGAGCUUCCCAGCCUCUUCUAUAAUCAUAUACCGCGCGGUGGCAAACUAGCCUCGUUCGGGUACUGGCUUUCUGUUC